AUGCCAGUCGCUGCAGAGAGCCGCAGGCAAAGUCUGGCACCAGUGAGUUGCCCUGCGGUGUGUGAGUCAGAGGACACUACUGCAAGGGGUGGGACGCCCUGGACGGUGGGAUUUGGGGGCUUCCGUGGUUCCGCCCCCCAAGGGGCUGGAGUGCGGAUGAGUGACGAGCCUCUGAAGGCCCCCCAUAGGGCCCAUGGGGCUCAAGAGGGCCCUUCGGGGCCCCCUAAGAGCUCGGGGCCCCCAACUCAACAUGGGGAUGCGUCUGCUGGGGGUGGCGGGCAGGGAAAGGGCGACUCUGCCCCCAGACGCAGUACCAAAAGGGUCAAAGGGCACAGCAGCAAGUACAAAGUGCGUAAGCAUGGAGCUCCCGCUAUGGCUAGCGCAGGGCCUUGGGAAGGCCACGAGGGGGACGCCGGUCAUGCAGCAGAGGCAGGCACAGAUGAAACUGCUGCCCGUCGACAUCAUGGCCGCAGGCGACCCCGUUCUCAGUACGCGGUGCCUGAGCCUGAAGACGCAGGGAGAAAGCAUGCUUCUAAAACAAUCAUUGGAAAGCUGGGCAUGACUGCAGGUACAGCGGGAGCCGCAGGACGUACUGCGCUGAUGGAGCAGAAGAGAAAGCUCUACAAGGAUACCACACAGCAGCCCCUCUGGGGUAUCCGCAAGCUCACUAUCAAUCCAAUAGAUAAGGACGAUCUGAGACGAUUUCCCGGGAACUGUGUUCAUACAACUAAGUACACGUUCUUCUCGUUUCUUCCCAAGGCAUUGUGGAAGCAGUUUCACCGGCUCCCUAACUGGUGGCUGGUGCUGGUGCUGAUUCUUGAGUACAUUCCCCUGCCACGAUUCCACCCUUUGACACCGUGGAGCAUACUUUUGCCUCUCGUUUUCACUCUGGGGCUGUGCCUUGCCAAGGAAAUGCUCUUGGACCUACAGCGCCGUGCAACCGAUCGAUGGCGUAACUUUCGUGUCUGCACGAUCAUCGAUGGUCGCCGUCCCCAGUUGCGGAUGGUGCACUGGGGUGCUUUGCGGGUUGGGAACAUUGUUCGGCUGACAGACGAGGAGGAGGUGCCUGCUGAUAUAGUUGUCUUGGCCACAUCUAACCCCGAGGGCAUUGCAUACGUGGAGACCUCCAAGCUCGAUGGCGAGACGACCCUUAAAUUCAAGCAGGGAGCUAAGGAAACUCGAACAGAGACAUACCCCUUGGCCAUUGCGGGCAUCCGGGGGAGGGUGGUGUGCGAGAAACCCACAUCCGCUAUGGACCAUUUCAGCGGCAGCCUGAAACUGGAUGCACACCCCCGUGCCACCUCGCUGGAUCUCUCUAACUUUAUUCACCGGGGUGCACAUCUCAAAAACACCGAGUGGCUUUACGGGGUGGUGGUGUAUACAGGCCACGACACCCGCACUCUCCGCAGUGCUAAACACCCAAGCCUAAAGUUUGCACACAUUGAGAGCGAAGUGAACUCCUACACCAUCGUGUCAUUUUUCAUUGUUGCCCUCCUUAUUCUUAUAUCGGUCAUGAGCAAGUCCAGCGUGCAGGACCGAGAGAGAGUGAACAAUGUGCGGACAGAGUUUCCGAGCUCGAUCUCGUUUAUGUUGGGUACGACUGAGGCCCUGCAGAACCCGUGGCUAUCUAUCAUCCGGUAUAUGACGCUCUUCCUGGCGGUGAUUCCAAUCUCCCUCCCUUUCGUCCUGGACUGUGCAUACUGCGUUCAAGCGUGGCUUAUUCAAGGAGACUCUGGAAUGACUGUGGGAGCUCCUCAGCAGCCCCUGGGUUCCACAUAUGCCGUUGGCUUCGGGUUACCCCCCUUAAACCAACGUGCGCAAGAGCAGUCGCACCGUACUGGCUUAUCAGGGGCCGACCCUGCUCAGAACAACAUUACCACUUCGGCCGAGUCGCUGGACGCUGCAGCGUCUCUGGACCGACGCACGAGCAAGGCUACUACGUCAAGAGAGGGAACGAGCGCCGGAACGCUCCGGAAUUCUAGCAACGAUGCGGCGCGUACGGAGCUCGAUCCGUUUAUUGAGUCCCAUAGUUCACAGACAAUGCAAAGCUUUGCCCAGGCCAAAGGAGAUAGCACUUGGCCUUCUGUCCACACUCCCAACAUCAUUCCGGACUUGGGCCAAGUGGACUUUGUCUUUAUCGACAAAACCGGCACCCUGACAGGCAACGACAUGACCUUUUCCAUGUGCAGUGUAGUGGGGCGCAUUUAUGGGAUGACGAAUUAUGGUGGAUCUAUAUGGCAACAAGACGAGUGCCGGACACGUAGUGGGCUAGUGGAUACUGCUGGGGUAGAGCAGACGCGAGCUAAACGUGCUGAUAGCACAACGAGUAGUGUCAGGCGGCACCAUUCAGCCCGUGGGCUAUGGACCUCGAGCCACGUGCAUCAUGGCCGCCUACACAAGGGUUCUGCCCAAGACAGCACAUCAGUAGAGACUUCAAAUGCGGCCUUUCAUCAAACGGGGACACACAGUAGGCCUAUGAGACGCCAGGUCUCGAAGCGUCAGCCUUCAGCCGCGAGCAGCGACUCUCAAGAAGGCACUUCGCUCUCCACUCCGUGUAGGUUGCCAUCAUGUACGGCUAUAGGCACGUGGCCAGCGGUAGAAGCAUUUUCUAGGAAUUGUAUGGCAACACGCGACAAUCAUGCAGCACGCAGGAUGCUGGUGUCUCACGACGGCGUUCUUUGCCAACCGAUGCUCCUGUUUCUGCUACCUGCAGGUCCUCGAGGUCGCUGGCGCCGUGGGGUCGAUCGCCGCCCUGGUCCAUGCCGGAUAGAGUCGUGCGGAUAUGCCACGCUGUCCGACUCCUCCGUAAGCGGUGGACCCUGUUACCGGGUCUAUUUUGCGUUGGCCUUGAGUCCCUUGGGGGCAAUUAUUAAGGAAUGUUUUGAGAUCUCCGUGUCUUCUUACCUCAGUGCUUCGAUGAGAGAGUUCUGCUAUAACUCUCCUGUCCCUGUGGAUGAAGGCCUAAGGGCAGUAGCCCCCAAGCCGGUCAGGAAAAAUAUCGCGUUUGCAGUUGGCGCACUUACAGCGAUUGGCGAAGGAAUUGGCGAUGACUCAUCCGAGGCAACUAGCAAGAAGGACGACAAGCAACGGCUUGCCUUCCUAUGUGACAACCUAACGCUGCCGAGCCAUUUCAGGGCCUCGCCUCCUGAUGGUCAGAUUCGCCGCAACUGUGACUUCUAUGACACACAAAUCUUUGAGGAUUUAGCGAAUGGCGACGAGAGGAGUCAUCGAGUCAGCGAGUUCCUCAAAUGCAUGGCUCUGUGCAAUACCGUGGUGCCGCAUUACAAGGGCGGUGUAGGAGGCGUUGAAACGUUCCUCCCGUCCACCCUUGUGCAGAGCUGGGUGACCAGCGCAGGCACACACACCGGUGCCAGUGUCUUGGCGCGUUCCAUCGGUACAACUGCAGUAGUGGGGCAAAGGCCAAAUACCAGAGCCAGCGCCAUCGCACUGAGAGAGGCAGGAGGCAAGAUCAGUGAGGAGAAAGGACAGGCGUCGGUCGGGGGAUUAUGGCCGCUUAGUUCAAGUCAGUUUAUUCCGAACCCACCGCUCACCGUGAACAGCAUUGAAGCGAAUGGCGUGCAGGAACAAGCGGUAGAGCCUCAGCCGCUCUUCGCUCGCGGGGACUCCGCCAGCAGUGGCCAGCAACGUGAGGCCACUGCAAAGUUGGCCAAGAAGCGAAAGAGCCUUGGAAGAGGCGUGUCAUUUAAGGACACUCAUGAGGAAUACAGCUUCCCCAAGGACGGGGACGAAACGGUUAUCGAAGAUGGUGCUCAAAGUUUUUCAACAGCAGGCAUAUCCAGCAAGCCAAGUGGAGAGUUCAGUUCUAUUGGCCGAUCCGUACUGCCAAAGUGCGUCUCUUGGUAUUUAAUUCCUUCUUUGACUCAAGCAUUUGCAGUUCGCCUGAACUGGGGACUAAAUAUUGAUAGUGACAUUUCAUUGUAA